ACGAUUCUAUUUUGGUAUUCUCGAGUUUCGAAACUUGUCGUUGAACUUAAAUGAAUGAAUUUUUAUGGUAGAAACAUGUCAGAUAAUCAGAAAGAGACUGAGGACAUCAUAUGACUCAAACUGGUUAGAUGUCUGUAAGAUAAAUGGAAUGGUUUGCCUGAAGAUGUGGUCUGAGACAAGUCCAAGCCAAUCCAAGCCUCAUAUUGGGUCUUCUUCUGUGGAUAAAUCUAGUGGAAGCUCUGGUCCUUCUACUCCACAUCACAGUCACAGUGAGAUUGAUACUUCAACUAAUGGUCAGGCCUGUAAAUAUGGAGAACUGGUUAUUCUUGGGUACAACGGUUCUUUACCACAGGGUGAGAAAGGCAGACGGAGAAGUAAAUUUGUCUUGGGUAAACGGCCAGUACCUAAUGGAGUUAAAAAAUCUAAACAUUAUGUGGUUAAACAACCUCAGUCUUCAAAGGCAAUAUUAGAUAGUAUGCAACACUCCAUAUCAUAUACGUUAUCUCGGAAUCAAGCUGUGAUUGUGGAGUACAUGCUAGAUGAUGAAACUGAUAUGUUCCAGAUUGGAAGGUCAUCAGAAAUUCCGAUUGACUUUGUGGUGAUGGAUACAAUUCCAGGUGAUAAAGCUGGAGAUUGUAAAGUAACACAGAGCACAAUCUCAAGGUUUGCAUGUCGGUUUCUUGUAGAAAGAAAUGAAACUCACACUGCAAGGGUUUAUGCUGCUGGCUUUGAUUCUUCCAGAAAUAUUUUUUGCGUGUGUGAAAAGGCCACAAAAUGGCAGCAAAAUGGAGAGAUUGAUGGGCUCACAACAAAUGGAAUUCUAAUCCUGCACCCACGUGGAUCUUUCUGUGGUGGAUCCUUGCCUGGAAUAUGGAGAGAAAUCUCAGUUGGAGGAGGAGUGUAUGCUCUUCGAGAAUCCCGCUCAACACCACAGAAAGGAACCAAAAUUGAAGACGAAAUCAAUGACUUACAAGACGGAACAUUAAUUGAUCUUUGUGGAGCUACAUUGUUAUGGCGAUCUGCAGAUGGGUUAAAUAAAUCUCCUACUAAGAAGCACUUAGAAGAAAUGAUUGAUGAGCUUAAUGCUGGUAGACCUCAAUGUCCUGUAGGGCUGAAUACACUGGUUAUUCCUCGCAAGUCUACCAUAUCAUUCAGUGAAAAACAACCGUAUGUGUACCUGAUAUGUGGACACGUCCAAGGGCUUCAUGACUGGGGGCUGGACAAGAACUCGGAUAGCAGAACAUGUCCAAUGUGUUUAAAAGUUGGACCUAUUGUUAAACUAUGUAUGGGUAUUGAACCUGCCUUCUAUGUGGACAGUGGUCCUCCGACAUUUGCCUUUAAUCCAUGUGGACAUAUGGCAUCAGAACAAACUGUGAAGUAUUGGGCCUCUGUUCCCAUUCCACAUGGCACCAAUGGUUUCCAGGCCACUUGUCCGUUCUGUGCCACUCCUCUAUUUGGUGAUCCAGGCUAUGUGAGACUAAUUUUUCAGGACCAUGUAGACUGACAACAUGUGUUUCAAAAACUCUUUCUUACUGUGAACAAACUCAAGGCUGUUUUCCAGGGUGCCAGUUUCACAACAGGAAUGUGAAGGCCUUGCAGGUCACUUUGGGUUCACCCAGUGAUUGAUCAAAUCUUCCAGCUUUUGUUGACUCAGUAAUUAUGUACUUGCAUCCAAUGUGCUUCUCCCACAACUGUGGUGGAGGCCAGAACCAUGAGAGAGCCUGUUUCAAGAUGUACCUGAUGCCUGAAUUCAGUAUCUUUGUAUAAAUUGCCAUUUGUGGUCUCAGUGUACAGGUUGUGUUGUUUCUUGAAACUGUGUAGAAAAAUUUGUAUUUUUUGAAAGCCAUAAGUUGACCUUGUGGUAUUGUAUAAUAUGUAAAUCUUGUAUUUUUAUUUUCUCUGGUAACUUGUUGACUUUUUUUUUUUUGUGCAUGUUUUCUUUCUGUUCAUGUUCUAUUUUAAUUAUUUUGUUUUUAGAGAGAAGUUGUAGGUAGUGAAGAACAGCUGGCUGUGUUGCUAAAAUCACAUCCAGUGAAGUGAACUAUUGCAAAAUGUUGCAGGUUGUUCUAAUUAUCUAACCCAGAAAGGUUUCAUGUAUAAAAAUAAAAGAAAUAUUUCUUUAUCUAUAUAUACAUGUAGAGUGUUCUUGUUAGAGAACUUGCAAUAUCAACCUAAGAUGAUUUCAGUUAGUAAAGUUAUAAGUAUAA